AUGAACAACACCAUCUUCUUUUUUUCUACUCUUUUCCCACGCACCCUUCGUUUUCUACCGUUGCAUUUCCAUCCUUUCUUCUUUCACCUGUGCUAUUUCCUCGUCCUUUCUGUCUUAGGUUUUCUCGGUCUCAAGGUUUCAAUGCCAAGGACCCCUUCUAGCCCUAAUGACUUGGACCUCUUCUACACCUCAGUUUCUGCUUCCACAACUUCUAGCAUGGUAGCCCUAGAAAUGGAGCUUUUCUCCAAUUUUCAAUUUAUUCUCCUCACCCUCCUCAUGUUUCUUGGUGGGGAAGUUUUCACUUCCAUGCUCGAUCUUCUACUUGCUAGGAAUAAACUCAUCCAAAACAAAUUACGUAGCAUCAAUCCUUCUUCACCCUCAGAUGAGUCCCCGACCAAUGCCACUCAUAUUGAGCUUGCCUUAGUUUCUAUUCCUCACUCAAAAUCACAAAACCAGACACUGUCUGAUAAUGUUGCAUCCGUUAGACUUAAGUAUACCUGUCUUCGUUAUCUGACUUACGUGGUGUUAGGUUACUUUGUUGUGGUUCAGUUUGUUGGAUUUAGUUUGGUGUCUUUGUAUAUGACAGUGGUAGCGAGUGCAAGACAAGUACUGCGAAAGAAACACAUUAAAGUUGUAACAUUUUCUUUGUUUACCGUCGUUUCCACUUUUGCCAGUUGUGGCUUUGUCCCCACCAACGAGAACAUGAUGGUUUUCAAGAAGAAUUCGGGUCUUCUCCUCCUUCUUCUCCCACAUGUGUUUCUGGGCAACGCCCUGUAUCCACCGUGUCUGACACUUGUGCUAAUGGUUUUGGAAAAAGUUACCAGAAAAGAGGAAUUCUCACAGUUGCUGAAGAAUUCCAACAACCUCGGCUAUAGACAUUUGCUCUCUGUUUAUCGUUGUUGUCUCCUGGUUGGUACAGUGUUUGGUUUGAACGUUAUACAGUUUGUGAUGUUUUGGUCCGUUGAAUGGAACUCCGAAAUCAUGGAGGGUCUGAAUUUGUAUGAGAAAGUGGUAGCGUCAUUGUUUCAAGUUUCAAACGCCAGACACGCCGGUGAAUCUGUUUUUGAUCUCUCUUCCAUCUCUUCAGCCAUAUUAGUACUCUUCAUUGUGAUGAUGUACCUUCCGCCAUAUACUACAUUUUUACCUGUAAGGGAGGAGGAAGAUGACGCCAAGAGAAAAAGAAAAAGCGCGGUGGAGUGUGUUGUAUUUUCUCAGCUCUCUUACUUAGCCAUUUUCAUCAUUCUGGUAUGCAUGACAGAGAGCAAAAGCUUGAAAGAGGAUCCACUCAACUUUAACGUGCUCAGCAUCACCCUCGAAGUCAUAAGUGCUUAUGGGAACGUAGGGUUCUCCAUGGGAUACAGCUGCGCAAGGCAGUUGAAAGGAGAUGGUAGCUGCAAAGAUUCAUGGGUUGGAUUUUCUGGAAGAUGGAGCAACAAAGGAAAGUUCAUCCUUAUAUUGGUCAUGUUCUUUGGGAGGCUCAAGAAGUUCAACAUGAAAGGUGGCAAAGCGUGGCACCUCUCUUAGACACUAACACCAUAUCAACACCAUUUUCUAACCAUGUUUGUUCGCAAGAACCUACUGCAUGUAUAUGUCUAUGCUAAAACAUAGUUACAACCUUGUUCCAUCCGAAAGCA